CCUAACGUGUCAAGCCCUGUAGUUACUGGUGGUGCUGCAGUGGACAACAAGCAUUGAAUAAAACCCUGCAAAAGGUGAGGGGUCCUGUGGGUGUGUGCAGGGUUCAGCCAGCACCGGUCACUAAGGCGGGAAUAUAUCUGGUAAGCUGGGAGUGGAGUUAAGCAAGGGGAACCCUGGGAGAGGGGGUUGGAAAGGUGACAGGGUGUGCCAGGCUUCCAGUGACAUUGUACGGGCUUUGUUACCCUGAGUGAGUGAGAUGGAGCCACGGGAAGGCUCCCGAGCAUGAUUUGGAUUUUCAAAGGCUAGUUGUAGCUGUGUGAGGAAGGCCCCCGGGGGAACAAGCUGACAGAAAGCUCCUCCCUGGGGAGGUAGUGUGGGAGAAGGGAGAAGGGGGGUAAGGGAUGUUUUGAAAGAGUCCACAGAUUUUUUUUAAAGGUUUUAUCUAUUUUAUGAGUUAUUGCUUGCAUAUACAUGUAUGUGUGUGCACCGCCUGGUUACCUGGCGUUGGGUCCUCUAGAGCUGGGUUUGCAGCUGUGAGCCACUGUGUGGUUGCUGGGAACCCGGGUCCUCCAUAAGAGAGGCUGAGGAUGAAUAAAUAGCACAGGAGCCCACUGUGAUGUUGACGGAGGGCCUACCUGUAGUGGGAGAGUGGGUGUGAGGGUGUGCUGACAUUCUAACCCUAAGGUGAAAGGAACCAAGUUGGAUGAGCUUUGCGGUCUGGGGUGAUUAAAGAGCAAAGGGCAGCCGGGCGUGGCACACGCCUGUCAACCAACACAAGGAAGGAGGAAGCAGGACCAAGAGGCCAACCUGAACUACAUACAUACCGAGACCCUGCCUCAAAACCGAUGAAUUUAAAAAGCAGAGUGAAAAAAAAAGUGGAAAGGAAAACAGGUUGCCUUUUGCUUUUAUGUUCCCGAGAGCAGGGACACUCAAGCGUCCCACAACCUCGGGGAUCCUAACCUCAAGCUGUGAAAUUUACAACCCUGGACAAGCUACCUGAUGGGCGCGCGUGGCGGACUGUCGAGCCAAUCGGAGCGCCGAAGCUCCUUCGCACGAGAAUGUGAUUGGGUAGAGGCUGGGGGGGCGGGAGGAGGCACCCUCGGGGCGGAGCCUGUCCCAAGCGGAAGGGGGUACGCGCCCGGGGUCCCCAGGCGAAGCUGCGAUGGAUGGGGCCACGGUGGCCGGCGACCUGCUGAUUUUGGGGUACGGUGCCCUCCCGGAGGCGGCGGCGUCUCGGGGCCCCGCGUGUGCGGACUUCAGGGCGCUGUGCGCGCGGCUGGCGGCCGAGCUGACGGCUCUGGGAGCUCUGGAGCGGCGAGAGGAGGGCACCGCAGUGCUGGGCGCUGGCCAUGGCCCCGAGUCAGAGGAAGAAUUCCUGCGGCAGUUGGCCGGCCUUCUCCGGGCGUUGCACUGCCCGGAUCGCGCGCUCUGCGGCGGAGACUGCGCCACCGUGCUGCGGGAGCCCGGCGGCGGCCUGCGCCUGCUGCGGUUUCUUUGCUCCGAGCUCCAGGCUGCCCGCCUUUUGCGUCUGCGGCUCCGGCUAGAUCCUAGCCCUGUGCAGACCUUCGGAGAAGGGACAGAGGAGGGGAAUGGCGCGGUUCAGGAGCUGAUGCUAACUCUUCAAGCACUGGGGCUCCCUAAACCCGUGCGAGGAACCCUGGCCAGCCAGCUACUUCGGGAGUUUCACAACAAGAUCUCUGAGCUGCUGCCUUCCCUGCCCGCAGAGUCCAUGCAGCCCCUCCUUAGCUCCCUACUGGAUGCAUCACAAUGGGAAGCCCUGGAGUCUCUGUCCCAAAGCCUGACAGAACAGUACUGCUGCCGCCGCUGCCUUCUUCUGAAGCGUCUGGACCUUACAACGUCUGCUUUCCACUGGGCUGACCGUGCAGAGGCCCAAGGAGAGGCCAUGAAGGCAGUGCUAUUCCCAAUCCGAGGACUUCUGACUCCAGAAUCUGAUGUCUCUGUUGCACACGUUCUGGCUGCCCGAGCUGACCUUUCCCGUCUGGUCCCAGCUACCAGUGUGGCUGCCCGCCGAGGGACCAGCUGUGCCAUCAACAAGGUGCUUAUGGGUGAUGUGCCAGACCGUGGGGGGCGCCCAGGUGAGCUGGAGGCGCCCAUGCCGACCUGGAAGAACCGGAGGGAAGAUGGAGGAAGGGGGAAGGCUGGCCAACAGCGCUGGGGGCGCAGGAAGAAGAAGAAGUAAAGGGUCUUGGAGGGUCGGUCGGUCGGUCGGUCGGAGGUUCUGUAGGUGCUGAGGCCGCUGGUAAUCUUUGAGAGUCACUUUUAAGGUUUCCCUUGGCACCUAAGCCCGGCAUUGCCUGUGGUAGAGGCCCUAAACCUCUCUCCACCCACCCGCCACUCAACACUAUGAACCAUGUUGUCUGAAAAAUAAAUUUAAUUCUUUUGA